AUGAUAUAUUGUUCUCAAUGGCGUGUUCUAAAGAAGAUAGGUGGUGGUGGCUUUGGUGAGAUUUACGAAGCUCAGGAAGAAAACUCUCGAGAGAAGGUUGCUCUAAAGUUGGAAUCUACUCGGCAGUCGAAGCAGGUUCUGAAAAUGGAGGUCGCUGUAUUACGAAAAUUGCAAGAUAAAGAGCAUUUCUGCAAAUUCCUUGGCUGUGGACGUACGGAAAAAUACAACUAUGUUGUGAUGUCUUUACAAGUACUCAUUGUCCUGCGCUUGAUUAAACGCCUCACGGUGGUGCGUCUCUCGGCGCAGAUGCUCAACGCCAUCGAGUCGGUGCACGACUCGGGCUUCCUGCAUCGCGACAUCAAGCCCUCCAACUUCGCGAUGGGACGUCUGCCGUCGAACGCGCGCACCCUCUACCUCCUGGACUUUGGCCUCGCGCGCCAGUACACCAACUCGGAGGGCGAGGUGCGACCUGCGCGGCCUGUCGCCGGUUUCCGCGGCACCGUGCGCUACGCCUCGCGCAACGCCCACGCCAACCGCGAGCUGGGCCGCCACGACGACCUCUGGUCCAUGUUCUACAUGCUCGUGGAGUUCGUCUCCGGUCAGUUGCCGUGGCGGCGGCUCAAGGACAAGGAACAGGUUGGCCAAAUCAAGCAGUCGUACAAUCACCUGUCUUUGGCACGAUGUCUGCCAGGCGAGUACCGCGGUUUCCUGGACCACAUCGAGACCUGCUCCUACCCCGACCGUCCCGACUACGGAAUGAUCCGCUCGCUCAUUCAGCAGGCAAUGAUUCGUCGGAAUAUCCGCGAGUCGGAUCCCUUCGACUGGGAGGCCGAUAAAUCUGCGACGUCGCCCUCGCGGGCACAGUCGCACGCUCGUCAGUCGAACGCGCGCAGCAACUACAUCAAGCACGGAGACACGAAUGCAGCUGCGCCUCGGCCCUCAAUGACCACCAGUCGGUCGUCCGCGCUCAAGCAGAACCUCGACGCCGCCCCGGUCGGGAGUCUGCCCACCUCCACUCGUCACCGCUCGCAGAAACCGAAGGUCUCCGUGUCCGAUGUCGGCAGAGGUGCUAUGCUGCCGCUUUCAAUGCGCAAGAGUCGCGAUCACAAUCUAGAGGUGCGUCACACCAACAAUCACCACCAACGGACGGAGGACUUUCCCAGGGCCACAAGUCUGCCGCUCUCGUGCCCUCCGCGCUACCGAUCUGCCUCAGUUCUCGCGAACCAACAGCGGCGAAUGCCGCCCUGUCUGCUGGGUUCCACCUCCGAUUUCGCCGACCGCAGUACAGGCGAUGUUAGUGGUGAAUCGGUGGCUGGCGAAACGCAUGCCGUGGCCUUGAGUAUAGCCAAUCACAACAAGUACCCCGGUGGGUCUCGACUUAGUCGACUGAAUAGCGGUUCAAUGACUCAAAUGGCGGGUCUCGGGCUGUCCUCGCAGGACCUACCGUCUUUUGUCGGCGAUGAUUUGGGUGGCGGGCUGACUCCGUCAUCGGAGAACCCCCAGCCCGAAGCUCUUGUCAAGGCCAUUUCCUCCUCGAAGGCCUCCCGGCUGAUCUCAUCGACGUCCUUGUCCGACCAACAGAAUGGCGGCGACCACACGCCCAAGUCGGGGUCGCCUUCCCAGCCGAAUGCGUUCCGUGGCUGUCCGAGUUCCAUGUCCCCGCCAUCCAAUCAGCAGCAGCCGCCGCCAAUGGGAUGGCGCGCUGACGGGUCUACGCGUUUCCCCCGGCCCGCGCCACGCUGCAACAGCGGCCGAAUCUCCUCCCCUCCAUGUCAAAAUGUGUACUGCAACUCCGUCCGACGUCGCCGUUGUGACUCGCCGGCGCGGUGGAAUUGCAGCAACAGCAACGUCAGCGCCAUCACGUCCUCGGUUAUUCUGGGUGGACAGCAAGCCUAUCCAAUUCGUAGGCUUGCUGGCGCUGUGCGUCGAUCUGCAAGCCACACGAAGUUGGACAAUGUCCUAUGUCCCGGUGUUGCCAACAACAACGCCGCCUGUAUGAACGCGCGGCCCGACUCGCCGUUUUGUUCGUGGUGUUCGGCACAAGCGCCUCCACUGCCUCCACCGCAACAGCAGCAGCAGCACAGUGACAUCGACUCCCCACCGCUCCCGGUAUCCAACUUUCCACGGACUACAACGCGAUCGCGAUCUUCUUCGAGGUCCUCCGCAAGGCAACACCAUCUUCGGUCGCCUCGGUCCCUGUUCCCCACCUCGACCAACGCCUCAGGUGACAAGAUGACCACAAACCUAGACGAGAAUUUCGACGAAAAUGCCGUCGCGGACCGACUGCUCAAUUGUAGCAUCUCAUCGAAGUUGAAGAAGAACCUUGGAAUGGACGUUGUCGUCGGCGGCGGCGGUGGCGGUGGCAACAACGGCUGUGUUCUGUCUCCGCGGCCCCCUGAGUUUCCGAUUUCACCGUCGGGUCGAGGCGCGAUGGCCGCGCGGAGACGGAAAUAUCGACCGAGAGGUGGCAGCGGCGGCGGCGGCGGUGGUGGACUGACGGGGAGUUGCAGCAGUGGCGUGCCCCUGUUCACCCACUCUCCUAGCACUGCCACCACCAACCAACAAAGCGCGACUAAUUCCUUGCUUUACGUUCAUCCACCAUCAACGCAACUGCCUCAACAACAACAGCAACAACAGCCUCCCUCUCCCAAGGUGGAAUGA